GGCUUCCUGACCGUUCCGUUUCUUCUGGUGGUUGUUAGUGGUUUGGUUUGGUUUGGUUUGGUUUUGUGGUUUUGUUGUUGUUGUUGUUUUUUUGUUUGUUUGUUUUUUGGGGUUUUUUUUUGGUUGCUUGUUCUUUUGGUAUUUCGUUGUUUGGUCUUUUCUCAAUUCCCUUUUUCAUGCCCGUUCUUGUCUCGCUUUUUUAAGGUUCUGUUUAUUUUUAAUUGUUUAUGCCAGCCUCGUUUAUCGGCUUUAUGGCAGUAGGUCCAAGCCAAAGCUCACUUCGUUUUUGUUAGUCCUUUAAACGCUUCUGGCGCCUUAAAACGAUUGAUCAUCUCUUCCUAAAGUCUUCAGCAUAACCCUAAAAUGUCAAAACUAUGAUUUCAUUAUUUCCCUUAAUUUUUCCUGUCUCUCUGUCUUUUUCAGGUAUAGCUUAGUGUUAUGGGUGAUACAGAAGAAGCUAAAAUGCAGAUAGCACCAGAAACUCCAGGACGAGUUGCAGUCCUGAAUCCUUUUGAAAGUCCCAGUGAUUAUUACACUCUUCAGGAGCAGAUUGUGUCCAGUCCUUCGGUCUUUAAGUCAACAAAUUCCUCAUCAACACCAGGAAAAUUUAGGUGGUCUAUUGAUCAGCUUGCUCUAAUAAAUCCUGUGGAAAUUGACUCAGAAGAUGUUCGACGCCAAGCAAUGUAUUUGAGCCAUGCUAGAAUUGAUAAGGAGACAGAAGACAGAAGGCAAAAAGCUAUUGAGGAGUUUUUCACAAAAAGACUCAUAGUUCCUUCUCCUUGGAUUGAACAUGAAGGCAAACAAGUUUCUCAGUUUAAUUCAACUAAAUCUAUCGACCUAAAUAACAUUUCUCCGAUUGGAAGACAGCUAAGCUUGCAGCCUGGGAAGAGCAAUGCUGCUUGUCAGACAGUACUGUCUUUGCCAGUGGAUAUUAAUUUAGAGAAAAUACUAGGUGAAUAUUUUAGAACUGAAGAAUUGGCAGACCAGUCUCAGGAAAAUCUGAGCUCUUCAUCACUCAGAAGAAAGCUGUUUUUAGAAGAAAAUGGAAAUGUAUCUGCAUGUUUGUCCCCUUCUUUGCAUAGUCCAUGCGGUAGUCAGCCACUUGGAGUGCUUUGUUCAAUAGAAUUAUCUCCAGUCCGGUGCAGAAGCCCUCUGGACACAUCUAGUUCAGGUCAGUUUUCUUCAAGUCCUAUUCAGGGAGGAACAAGAGCUUAUAGUCUGGGAAGUAUAACCAGUCCCACAUUCUCAGAAGGGUCUCCUGCACCUAGUGGUUCUCCUACUUUUUCACCAAUUGCUUUCCACAUAAGAAAAACACCUCUCUCAGACCAAAGAAAAUUUACAUUUCGUUCUCCAGAUAUUCCUUCUUCCUCAAAUAGAAUGACACCGCCAAGUACAAGAAGUCCUUACAUAGAUGGUUGUUCUCCAAUUAAAAACUGCUCUCCUAUGAGGCUUGGAGCUUGCAGAGGAACUGCCCAGUAUCAGACUUCUCUCAUUAGGAUACCAAUUGCAGUUGAGAAUCACGAUGAGGAUGAGGAAGACAAGGAAAAUGCCUCUCCAGCAGAAGCUCGGUUCCCAGAAAUGGAUAAUGGAAUAAACUUAUGUCAGGAAGACAGUGAUACUUUUGCACAUGGUACACGUCUUGUGGUAGCAACUGUGUCUAUUGCACCAGAUCACUCAGAAGCUUGUCAUCAAAGGCUGUCAUCAUUUCAGGAUAUAGAAGGCUUAAAAGAAAAUAAUACUGUAGACAUGGCUGAUGCAGCUGAAGUGUCAGAGGAAAACACUUGGAUAAAAGAAACAAUUGGCAAUAGCAAUACAGCAAUGACCAGCUUUAUGACAGGCAUUACUUUCAGUAUUGAAAGCUCUCGGAUGUGCAUGUCGCCUCUUGCCGAAAGCAGCGCAAUUCCUUGUGACAACAGUAGUAUUCAGGUGGACAGUGGUUACAAUACACAGACUUGUGGAAACAGCAUUAUGGAUACUGUGGGGGCUGAAAACAGCUGCAGAGAAAAUGAUGUGAAUACUCUUGUUUUUCAGAAUAAAUCUCAGCUGCUUAGAACAAAGGAGUGUUCUGUUUUAAGCCAUAAGGACAAUCAGUUGCUGAGAGCGAAAUCUCCGGAGUCGCAAUCCUGUUUCCAAAAAGCAAAAACACAUAGUACAAUAUUUGGAAAAAAUGCAACUUGCAACAUUUCUGCUUGGAAACAUAAAAAUGAAAGUCAAGUUCAGGGAUUUCACAAAACUGGUAUGUAGUUUUCUGAUGGAGAAUUUGUGUUGUCUAAUAAAUUUUUAUACAUAUGAUCUCAGUUACCUGGUUUAUACCUACUAUUUUGCUUUGUUAAUGCAAAUGUAAUAAAUUGUCUGGUAUGUAUUAAGGGAGUUUUUAAAUAAUGUGGGAUUUUUCAGGUCUUCUGGACAAAUUUAUUGGUAUUAAGUGAUUGUUUUUGAAAAUUAAAGUGUCUAGAGAAACAAUGCUUUCCUUCUGUGAUUAGGGUAGAUUCCAUGAGGAAUCUUGUCUUGAAAGUUUGGACAUAGCUUCAGCUUCCAGAUGGAUGUUUUGGAUAGAUGAGCAAACCUAGGAUAAUUUGCAUAGGAAACAACUGCAAAACCAGCUACAUUUUAAGAUUUGUCCCUCCUAAAGGCAUGAGGGACAUUUUUUUUUGUGGUGGAGAGAAAAAGGAAAUCAAGAGAGAGUCACUGGAUGGGAAGGAACUGCUGGGGGUGUGAUGAGAGCAACCCCAAAGUUUAGUUCUUUUAGUAAUACAAAAUAAGUUUUAUCUCAAAAGCAGCUAUUUAGCAGUUCUCUGAACAGCUUUUAGCUUGGCUUGACAGAAAGCUGCCUAUCUGUCCGUUAGUUUUACCAUGUACUUGAGUAAAAUGUAUUACUGGUUAUUUAAAAUUAAAUUGUAGUGUUGCUGCUUUAGUAAUUGUAUUAGUACUAACCUUGGAGUUGAUCACCUGACUCCACCAGCGUUUCCUAAAAACACUUGUGUCCAAAUUUAUGCUCCAGUACACUUUGGAAGGAACCUAAGAAGGUGCUCUAAGAUUAAUUGGUCUCAGUACAUCACUAAGAGAAUGAUGCAGCCUUUCUUCUAUUAAAGUAAACCAUUACACUUCUCUCUUAUGUUUAAUUCUCAGUAUUAUUAUGUUGCUUACAGAAAUGACCAAAAUACUUAUAUAAACCCUUAAAAAUGUAAUUAACUUCUGCAUGCCACUUAUUUCAGAAAUUAUUAAUAUAAACAAACCCUUGAUGCUUUCAGGAAAAUCACUGAUGAUUAAAGUAAUGAAUUGAGGAGGGUCUAGAAGCCCAGAACUCCCUUUGUCUAAUCAAAUCAGAUUUGGUUAAAUUUGAUUGGGUUUGUUUGAAAGAACCUUCUGGAAUUUAUAAAUGUGAAUAGGGGAAAAAAAUCCAUAUGGUAAUCUUCUAGUCCUAGUGACUAAGAGGGGAAGCAGAGAUAAGGGAAAUACUGAGAUUUCUGAGCUGUGUUUAUGUAGAGCUCUGAAGUAAACUUUGUUGGGUUAAUGAAAAUGAUAAGUCCAUUCUAAUAUGUAUUCCAAGUGAAGUAGUCUUUCUCUCUUUCAUAGCAAGGAUGUUCAGUCCCAGGGUGCUGGAUGGCUGCUUUCUGUUCUGUUCCACAACUCACAGAAAAGCUUGUACCAAAGUGAUGGGUGGUGGCUGAUGAGUAGCUAUUGGCACACUAAGCCUGAAACCAUUGGUCAGACCUAAAUUUAAAGGCAAAAUACAGCAUUUUUUAAAACUCUUAAUGUUAGCAGAAUUGCCUUACAUUAAAAUCAAUGUGUUAGACCUGAGACUUCUGUGUGUUGUUUGAACAGAACAGGUCUUGAAAUAUUUUCAUUAAUUAUUCAUCAGUGAAGGCUUUCUGAAAAAUAUACUUAAGGAAAAGGGAAGCUCCUAUGCACAGCACUUGGUUUUACUUCUCACAUUGCAAAAAUAAAUAUUUAAAAAUUUUGUUUUCUAACCAGCAACCAUGAUGUGCAUUAUAUUUACUUCUGUAGCACUUUAAUCACUAUUUCUGUAAUGCAUAUUGGAUUGACAGUAAUUGAAUCUAGAAUCCCAUCCAUCUAGCAUCUUCUGUAUUUCAUGAUCUUCAAACAGUGCCCUACUAAAAGCUGGAAAUACACUGACUUAGUAACUUUUAGGGGAUGAAUUUUUUUAAAAGUAGGAAAUGAACUCAGACUUCUGGAAUAUGAAUCUUAUACAAUAGGGCUUUCAAAAUGUUCCUAGCUUUAGCUUGUAAAGCUAAAAAAACUCAAAAGCAGGACACAACUUCUUUAAGAUUUCUAAGUUAUGUAUGACCUUAUGCCUUUUCUGUUUCUCAUGAUGGUUUUCUUUAAUGAUAAUCAAUUGAAAGGAGGAAUUUCAGAUUUCUGGACUUGUACACAGGAUUUAUUUUUGCAACUGUGAUUACUAAAAAUAGCAAUGUUAAUUUAUGAAUUUAAGAAGCAGGGUGGUCCAAAUUGUCUCUGUUCUGCAUUAUAUGUGUAAUUAGGAAUGGGUUAUACUUUUUAAUUAAUUUUUUUGACUUUUUAAUAAUAUGUUCAAUGAUUGAAGGCUUUUGAAGUAUUCACAAGUAAAAACAUCUAACAUCAAAUACUUAAUUUCACCCUGUAUUAGUAUGUUCUUAAAGGUUAGGGAAAAGUAACACCAGAAAUGUGUGAAUGGGAGAAGUAAUUAAGGAUCCCCCCAGGUAAAUUGCCUGUAUUUUCUGUCCUGUUUUGUAGUCUUCAGUUAGAUGGGAAAUAUUUAUUUUAUGAAAACAUGGAUAUUUUUUUAUUGUGUUUUAUACAACAGAUUUGAAGAAGAAACCUACUGUACAAAUUACCAUGGAAAUAACUUGAUCAUUCUGUUUCUGUAGUUGUUCUUUAUGCAUUGGUUGGCAUACAUUGCACAAAAUCGUCAUUGUUUACAUUAAAAUAAUUUCGUUUUAA